GACUCCACGCCGGCGGUUGGCAGCGCCUGGCGCGAGGGUGAAGCGGCCGCGGAGGGGCCCUAGCGGAGGGAGGCGCCGCCAGCCGGCCGUUGAGAGAAGCCGCUGGCGGGAGGGAACAUGGCGAGCGCGGGCAGCGCAGCGGAGGAGGGCGCCGGCGAGGAGGAAAACUUCGAAGAUGCCUUUGAAAGCAUUCCAGUGGCAUCCAAGAUGGAUCUCAAGUGUGCGCUGGAAGAAUGUUCAAUGGCACUUAACUUAUUUCUAAAUAAUAAAUUUUCUGAAGCCCUGGAAUUACUUCAGCCAUGGUCUAAAGACAGCAUGUACCAUGCCCUUGGCUAUAGCACUAUUUUAGUUAUGCAGGCUGCUAUGACCUUCGAGCACCAGGAUAUCCAAAUGGGGAUUUCUACAAUGAAGGAAGCUUUACACACCUGCCAAAGAUUCAGGAAAAGAAGCACAGUGGUAGAGUCUUUGUCCAGUCUGGUUUCUAAACAGUCAAUGGAUCAGCUGAGUGAAGAGGAAAUGCAUGCAGAAAUCUGUUAUGCUGAAUGUUUGCUACAGAAAGCAGCACUCACAUUUGUACAGGAUGAAAAUAUGAUCAACUUUAUCAAAGGUGGCCUCAAAAUUAGGACAAGUUAUCAAAUAUACAAAGAAUGUCAUCAGGUGCUACAGAUGACUCGGGGCAAUAAAAAUAAAAAUGAAACCUACCAUCAGUUUGAAGGAGGAGUAAAACUUGGAAUAGGAGCAUUCAAUUUGAUGCUGUCGCUUUUACCAGGAAGGAUUCUCCGACUUCUGGAAUUUAUUGGGUUUUCUGGCAAUAGGAACUUGGGCCUCCAUCAGCUGCGGGAAGGUGCCUCUGGUACCAGUUUGAGGGCCAUACUAUGUACUUUUACCCUGCUGGUAUAUCAUACUUACGUCUCUUUAAUCCUUGGUAUAGGGGAAGCCAACCUUCAGGAAGCAGAGACUCUUCUUGAACCCUACCUCCAGAAGUUUCCAAAUGGUUCCAUCAUUUUGUUUUAUGAUGCCAGAAUAGAUAUACUGAAAGGAAAUUUUGAAAAGGCACAGUCAAAAUUUCAAGAAUGCAUUGCUGCUCAGCAAGAGUGGAAACAGAUUCAUCACCUCUGUUAUUGGGAACUCAUGUGGUGCUACUCAUUCCAGCAGAACUGGCUUCAAGCAUAUCGGUAUGCAGACCUGCUCUGCAAAGAGAGCAGGUGGUCUAAGGCAAUAUAUGUAUUCCAGAAAGCUGCAAUUUUGUGUAUGCUUCCAGAUGAGGAUGUGAAAACAACUGGAGAAGAUAUUGUAUCUUUGUUCAGACAAGUGGAUGGUUUAAGACAAAGAAUUGCAGGAAAAUCUAUCCCAACAGAAAAGUUAGCAGUGAGGAAAGCUCGACGCUAUACUGGUGCUCAGCCGGUGAAGCUCAUGCUACCUGCCCUGGAAAUGAUGUAUGUCUGGAAUGGAUUUGCAAUUGUAGGCAAAAGAGCUGACCUCACAGAAAGUUUACUGAUAACAAUUGAGAAAGAAGAAACUGCUUUACAGAAUCAAACUAGUUGGCUCCAAAAGGAGAGCGUGGAAAACUAAGGAACUUGGGUAUAUUUUGGCAAGAUGAUGUUGGGUCUCAGAGAGAGAAUUCUAUUUCUGAGGAGUGAUCUCUAGACAAGGAACCAAAUUGAUCUUCCUGGAAAAGUCUGAAAAUAUUUAACUCAUAUUCAAGAAAUUCUUCCAUAGUGUAAUUGUAUCGUGGAGGACACUGACUGAUGAUGAGUAGAACUUGACUGAUAGUAAAUGACAUGGCAAUAUCAAUGGAUUCACCUGCCACACCCACAAGAAAGUUAAAAAUAGUAGCAUUGCAAUGAGUACUAAAAGACAAUAAAAUUUAGCUAUUGACUGUAGAGAGAGUUUGUGGCUCUUGGAAGUGUGAAUAUUUAAAAUAAAUACUUUCAGACUCAAACAGCUGGUUCAUAAAUUAAUAAUAAUUAUACAAGAUGAAAAGAAAGGCAUAUAAAAAUAACACAUGCACUUCAAAAGUUAAUGGCUGUAUUCACUUUCCCUGACUCAGGUUUUCUCUGAUGGACACUUUUGCCUGUUAGGCAAGCAACACAGCUUCACGCGUUGCUGUUUUGCCUCAGCAGUACACCUCUCUACUGAGUUCUAGUAUUAAAAUUAAUUGUAUGGAGAAUAUAAUUACCCCACAUCAGUUUUCUCAUGAACCUUAGCUACUCAAACAAAUAAAAAGUUUAUUUCUUCAUUAAUGUUCAUUUUAAAAAAUCCUUGUUUAAUACCAAGAUUUUAACCACACUUUUUCCAGUCAUUUAUAAUAGAAAUCCCCACAUCCACUCCCAGAUAAAAAUGUCUUUGAUUAAGUAAUACAUCAUUAGUUAAUGUGUGCACAGUGUUUUGAAAAUAUAAAGCACUAUAGAUGUGCUAAGUAAUAAUAUUAUUAGACAUAGGGUCACAAAGUUUGUACCUGAACCGUAAAACCCUCAGAGUUCAGAGGUGUUCAGGAUCCUCAGUUAUCGUAUAAGCCCAUUCUAAUUGCUGCUAGUAAUAAAAUCCCCUACAUUUAAAAAAAAAUGCCAAAAUACCUCGACCUUAAGGUAUAAAAUUUUAGCUAGGCCAAGGCUUUAGCCAGUAAAGCAGCCAAAAGCACUGAAGCCCCAACCUGGAGAAGCUAACCUGUAGAACUGAAACAGCCCUUUGAACUCUGGGCUACAGGUAAGAACCAGGGAGAGAUGGCAAAACAGUCUGAAAGCAGGAAAUGGAAGGAAUGGAAUAUCCUGGGUAGUAAAGAAAACCAGAGAGGUAAUUGGACAGCAUGUGAACCCAAAUUCUAAUUCUAAUUAUAAUAUAAAUAAUGGUAUCAAUACUCUUCCUAUGAGAUUUUAAUGCCUAAUGAACAGAGAAAAAACACUCAAACAAAAAUCCAUCUACAACAGGUCAGAAAGCAAUAUUAAAGGCAAGUCCACUAUCCCAUCUCUAAAUACUUCUCUUUCAGACAAAGCAAACCCAAACGUGCCUCUCUCUCACUGAGUUUAACCAAAGUAAAGCAUUGACUUUCUGCCUGAAAGUUGAUUUUUUUUUCCUAGUUUCCAUCCCUAAAUAUCAUAUUGUGUUUUCAACAAAAUAACUAAUGCAGUGGAGGAAGUUCCCAUCACCAUGGUUGCAAAUCUGAAGGUUGAAGGAAAUUUGGGGGACGGUGAUCAUGAAAUUAUAGAUUAAAUGAUUCUAAGGAAAGGAAGAAGUGAGAGCAACAGAAUAAGGGCAAUAGACUUCAAAAA